CUGUUUCGAAUAGAUUGAUAACGCAACUAGCUCCAACCAUACGUUCUUCACUACGUGACGGAUAUAUGGUCCUACAGCACGUUCUCCUUGAUAAGCUCCCUGUGGAGUAUUCGUAUUGUUGGAUGUGCAACGUUCAACAUGGACUCUAUACUGUACUAUAUAAUCUCGUGUCGCUUUAUUUGUACCUCAGCGGUUCUGUCUACAACAUUGAGACUCGUCUCUUAGGUAUUAUCAAUGCCAUAGUGGUUCUGUCUACAACGCUGAGACUGAUCUCUAGUCCCUCUGAACUCCACCCCCAACCACGUGAAUGCCCGGGCCAUCCCAGGCUUGCUUGCAACGAAAUUAUUGUGCCAUUUGCAUUGGCGAGUAGUGUUGUCUUCUUCGCAAGUUCUUGUUUCUGCUGAUGGACCUCGAGAGUGCAUAUAGACAGCUUUUCAACAGCCUCGUUCAAGUGAGACUUUAUGCUCGCAAGCACACUCCCACUACAAGUCUCUGUUCGUGUCGUAAUUAUUUUGCUCUGAAUCCACGAUUUUCCUUCUCGGUGGCCUUGAUUUGUUGCCGUGCAUGCAGAAGGUGCAGGUGAACACUUUUUCGUUUAUUUAGAAAUUGCUU